CGAGCGAAAGUUGUUCCCCCUUUUCGUUGCCGAUUUUUGCGCCUUCGCUCAAUGGAUCGCCCACAUCGGAGGAUCGAUUUGAUUUGCUGUAGUUCAUAAUUCCUAGCUUGAUCAGUGUUUUAGUGAAUUAGUCCCAGUGGUGCGAAUAAAAUUUGGUUUCUCGAGUUCAUAAAAUGCGCUAGCUGCACCAGAAACGAAGCCCCUAAAAUGACCACUAAAAGAGCAUGCCCUUUCGAUUGCCAAAGCGACGCAAUGUAGAACCGGUGCUGCAAAUUCUGACCCAACUGAUCGACGAUCAAUCCGAUAUAUCUUCCAUUUCGGUGCAAAUGGGUGGUUUAUAUCGCGUACCGGCCGACAGCCUGGAGCCCCAAGGCACGGCCAAGCAGAGCAGCAGCCGACUGCCAGUUCGGACACGCGUCCGUCGAAAAUUUCGUGACCACGGGCUACCGAUGACGCACGCUGGAACUGUUGUAAGUCGCAGCAAGAGUGUCGAUGAUCUCACGGCCGGUGUAGUGGCAUCGGACGAUGAUGAACUGGACGGUAAACCGAAUGGCACGGCGGCCGACAGGAGGCUUGAUCAGCUGGAACGGACACUCCGCUCGAAGGAGCAACAGAUCGGCAAGCUGGUCGAGAAACUGACUUCCGUCUUCGAAUGCAACAACCAGUUCGCCAUCGAGCACGAACGGCUGCAGAAGGACUACCAGCAGGUGGUGCAAAACCUGCGGACACUGGAAACGAGCCAGGCCAAGAGCUGCGAACGCUGUGCCGCUCACGAUACCGCAACCGAGCAGCUAACGAAGGAGAAUGCCGAUCUGAGGAAUGACUUGAAGAUGAUGAAAAUCUUGGUGUACCGGUUGAACGUGCAGAUCGAACGGUACCAGGAUACGGUACGCGAAGGCCAGGGGAACAUACCGAAGCUCGACUUCGUGGACAGUACCUAUGGCGGUGUGAAGGACAAUCUGAACUGGGGAUCGGUGAACGCGCACACGCUUGGUCCGCUGCUGAACGCGUACGAAGAGAUGAUCGCCGAAAAGACGGAUCUGGUGCAGCAGUACGAGACCGAGCUCGUUACCUUUACUGGCAGGUUGAAGCAGGUGCUGGAGGAGAAUGAGUCACUGCAGCGCCAAAUGGAGGAAGUGCGUGCGUCCCAGACGGGCUGGACGGACGAAAGGACGCGGCUGCAGGCGCAGGUCAGCGUGCUGCGGAGUAAGGCCGAGCUACAAGCCAAACGGGCCGAUCUGGCGAAGGAGAAGCUGGUCGAGGUGCUGAAAUGUUACGAACAGAAAGUACAAGCCCAGUGUCUGGACAUUGAGCGACUUCAGGAAGCGUACACCCGCAGCAAAGGAGAGCUGACCACGCUAAGGAACCUGAACCAAAAUCCGGAAAUCGUAGCUGAUAGCUUAAAGGAAUGUCAAAAGUAUGUAAACGACGAAGUAGGCGACAAACACAAUCACUUAACGGCUUCUUGCAGACUUUUUGCAGAGCUCAAGCUACAGCACAAUGCCGACCGCACCCGGAUGACGGAAGAAACCGAUACGAUUCGGCGCGAGCUACAACAAAAGACAACCGAGCUAGACCAACUGCAGCAGGACUAUCGACAGCAGCUGGGCAUUUCCGAGCGCCAGAAAGAAAUCAACGAGAUUCUGAUGGGGAAGAAUGGAGCCCUCAAGCAAACGCUGGAACGCACGAGACAAUCGAAAGAGAUCCUUAAACAACGGCUCAAAACGAUGAUCAGCUGGGGCAAGGGAUCGGAGCAACGGAAGGAUCAGCUGCAGGAUAGUUGGCGCACGAUCCGUGCUCUUCAGGAGCAGCUGCAGCAGCGCGACGGUGAACUGCAGACCCUGCAGCAGCGGUACCAGCUCGAGGUCGAGCAACUACAGCGACGUCUUCGCCAGCGGGAGGAAACUCUGCGCAAGAUAUUGGCCGAUAAGGCCCAGAUCCACAGGCGCCUCUGAUGAUGGUGCUGUAUGUCUAGUCCAAUCGUUCGUUCUUCGUUUUCUCUCUGUAUUCACCGUCCCUUUCUAGAUCUGUUAUCACUCUGCCCCGCCUUGCCUCACUGCCUAUUAGGUAGAA